CUCACAAACAAUAGAUGCAAAAGAACUAAUGGAUGCAGAAGUGGAUAGCGCAAUGGGCGAAAUCUUUAGAAUCCUGUCGAACAUGAUAUCUUCAAUUAAGCCGGAUGUUCGCUCAUUACCUGGCAGCGUUAAGGAUGUAAUUUUCAUAGAACUUAUACAAACCAGAUGCGCCGUGGUUAAAAUUUGUUCGGAAAUCAUGAUACUUGCGAAGCAUUGAACAGAUUUUAAUAUUACAUGUCAAAGAAAAGUUCAGAUUUGCAAACAAAUUGACUUUCUGGACUGGAGGAUUCAGCAAUAUGUACUUAAAUAAUUCUCAGAACGCGGAUAACAUAUUUACAUACGAUUCAAUAUUUCGCUUUACUUAUUUCCAUGUCACGCAACACGACAUUUUCACUAUUACAAUUCAAGUGUAAAAGAAAUAAUGGUUGUUUUUGUAACACCAAAAGUGGUAAGAAUCAAUAAAUCUAUACGUAUAAAAUAUUCAAAGGGGAUGAGUUUGUUCUUUCCAUUUUCUUUCUCAAACUUUACAAGCACUUGUAGUCAACAGGUUUCCUUCAACACUUCAGAAUAUAUUUAGUUCGUGAAACUAAAUAUGUGUAUGACUAAAGUUGUAAAAUUCGUAUUUUUAGGUGUUGACUAACCUUUGAAAUACUUAUAUCGAAACUGCAAACUUUGACAUUAUGGUAAAAUUAGAAGAUUUCCAGCAUGACUUUAUAAAACCCCGAAGAAUUAUUUCUCUCCGGAGACUUGGUUUCCUAAUUUUGAUACUUGUCCUCGGAGGGUACUUUGUCAGGACAAAGUUUGGAAAUGAUCCAAGUAGUGAGCUCGAAGAAGAAGACUCUGACAAAAUGGCAAAACGAGUAGCAGAAAUAGAAAAGGCUCGCAAGGAAGAGGAAGAAUUUCAACGCGAUUUUCGAAGGAGUUUAACUCCCAACGAUUCCACCGAACUUACGAUGGGACCAAGUCGAUAUAAACUCUUCAAAAAACCGAGACUUCACUAUAAAUUCGCAAUCAAAUAUUGCAAAAGGAUGGACGGAAAACUUGCUAUGGUCCAUAAAGCUGAGAAUACGAGAAAACUGCAACAAUUGGUCGGUAAACGUGAUCGAAAGAAGGAAAUGGAAGCGUAUUAUGGGCGAAGUCAAGAUUCCGUGUGGGUUGGCCGGGAUAAACCUAAAAAGAAAAAGAAGAAAAAGGAAGAUAACCCAGAAGAGGGUGGAGAACCGAACUACAUGGAUUACAUGGGCGGAGGAAUGAUGGGCGGGGGUGGUCGUGGUGAAGAAAUGUGCCCAGCCAUAAGUCCACACUCAGUUUAUGCUCCAUCGCCCUGCCAGUCUCCGUUGCCUUUCAUCUGCGAGUUUGACAAGAAGAAAGCCAGGACACCACUUCCGGACGGAAAAGAGUUCAGAGGCAGAGGAUACGGGUAUGAUCGAGGUGGCUAUGAACCGGACAUGGAUGAAAUGGAUAGAGAGGAACCAGAACCAAUACCAAAAGACGAAUUGUAGCUCAAUUAGUGGGAUCAUAAAUGCAAUCCUAAGCUUAAAUUUAAUGUGCUUGUAAUUACACGUGAGUGCUACAACAUUUUGAAAAAUGCAGAAAAAUUUAACGUUUUAGAUUUGGCACAUUCUGUCCAAUCGGUUACACAUAUGAGAAUGCAUACUUAUACACUAGCCAAUCUGUCGGCCAAGGGUUGUCCUACUUAGAAAUGGUGUAUUUGAUCAAUUAAUAGUAUUAUGUAUUUGUGAGUGUAUUUUCUUGUAUAUUCCUAUAAUUAGUGCGAAUUUUCACAAGUCAAAAUCAAUGUGCAAAAAAGUCCACAACCUUCCCGAUUGAUUUUCUUCUCCAUCCACUCCACCCGAGUUCAAUUUUUAUGUAAUUAAAUACUGAAGUACUUAUUAAGUAAAUUGCUAUUAUUUUACAAUCGUAUGUAAGUAAAUUUCAAUAGCAAGCAAAUAAAUCAGAAACAAAUUAGGGUGCAUGAAUACAUGAUUUUUAUGAA